AUGCCCACCUACCCUUAUUCAGACAACAUGUACUCGGGCCUCGACGACUCAGACGUCGAAGAGCAGCCGUGGGCGGACGGAGGUGAAAACAGAAACACGCAUGGGUACGGGCUCGGUACUGGUUCAGGAGCUGUAGCUGGUGGUGCUGGUGCUGGUGCUGGUCUCGGUAGUGGUGUGGGGGAUGAUUUGCGGCAGCACCACGGGCAACACGUUGCAGACCACGACGAGGAACAAGUCCUGUCACCCACGGAUGGAUAUUUUGGCCGCUCUGGAGACUCUUCCACGUCAGAGUAUGAUCCUGCUUACCCGACCGACAACAAUCUAGACAAUCAUCCGCUGUCGCCGUCACGUAGUCAGGGUUCAGCACAUGCCAACCCAUCGUCGCGUUACUCUGAGGCGGCAUCAUCCCAAGUUCCGCAUGUGCCAGACAUUUGGGUCAACGAUCCCAGCCUGGAGCAAGGAAGCACUGCCGAGAGCAAGGCAAGGGAAGCUCAAGAAGAACGCGAGCUGAGCAGGCGCCGAGCUGGCCGGCCAUAUCCAUCAAACUUUGCCUCCCUUCCACCCUCUGGGGACGGUGGCUCUUCCACAUUUCCAUCUUUGAACUCGAAUCCGUCGAUCACAUCUGGGCCCGGACAAUCGAGAUACGCCUACGGACCUGGCCUCUCAUCCGCGCCAUACAGCCAGAGAUACACGCCAUCCGCCUCAGCAGCUCCGUCACGCUCGCAUCGCAGCGGCACGAUAUAUUCCGAGCGCUCGUCUCUCUUCAGCGACGCACCACCUGCGUACACACCUUCUCCCACCUCGCCUACCACUACGUCCUCCAACUACCAGACAUUCCAGCCAUCCAACAUGGGUCGCAUCUCAGAAUCCGAGUCACGGGGCCUGCUGGCCAGCCACGAAUAUCAGACCAUUCCCCAAGAUAUGGGAGGACAGGCGGACGACGACUACACCUUCACGCGAACAGGGAACUGGAGAGAUCGUGUGAGGAGCCGCGUGUCCAAACUCAAUGGCAGGACCUGCAAGCUGGUCGCGCUAGGCGUAGUCUUACUUUUUGUGACGAUUGGGUUCCUCGUCAGCUCUUUCCUAGGUGUGAAGGACGAGAGAAGGAUCCAUGUGCCUAGCGGUGGCUCUGGAAGUUCUCCUAUCAGCAAACUGCCGGCAGAAGAUGACGAUGGUACGAGGUUGGCAUACCCACCCUACGAUGGAGAGAUGCCCUGGGCCGAGAGCGACCUCUGCGCCACCAAGGAAAUCAAGUACCCCGUGCAGACUUUCAAAGUCGAGUUCUCCGAUUCACGCAACGUCUCAUUCUUCCAGGAUGUCAAGAAGGACCAUCCUCGAGGCGGACGGGACGUCCGUGUCAGUGGCGAGGUUGUCGUCCGGCGGGCCGGUAAUGGAACCCCAGGGCCAGCAAUGACCCUGGAAAUUGUCUCCAACGACGACCAGAUCGAGCUCGACCUGGACUGGGACGAUGUCGAGCAACGUCUCUAUGUUCUCACCCCACUGUCGAUCCCGUGGCCUUCGAACAACGGGCAAUCGCCUUGCUUGCAGAUUCGUGCGACUCUGUGGGCACCUCCAGGAAGCGUACUGGAUAGCUUGAACGUCGAAAGUGUACACCUCGGUGUCAAGCUACUGGAUAAUCUAUCAAUCCAGCUCAACAACUUCGCCCGGCUAGCCAGCACAAUCGGGACCGUCGUUGCGGCCACAGACGGCGAGGCAGAUCCGAAGCAGGUCAUGCUUGAGGGAGCACCCAAGACGUUCAACCUGAACUCGCGAUACAUCGAGGUCAAGACUUUGUCCAAUGCCAUUGCUGGAUCAUGGCCCCUUUACGACUAUCUCGGCCUGGAAACCAUUGCUGGAUCAAUCCGUGCCGGUGUCCAGCCCAAGGAAGCACUCAAGGACAAGCCGCGGCCGGCCAUCCUUUACGCGCACUCGACCUCAGGACCGAUCGAGCUACACGAGCCCGUUGAGGCCGCUGUGGCGACCUUGACCAUGCAGUCCCAAGGUACCGCGGUUGGAGUUACGGCUCAGGACAUAAUCCCGCCGCGACAGUAUGGCGUGGACCUAAAAAGCAUGUCCGGCUCCAUCAAGGGGUCGGUCGCAUUCAGCCACUCGUGCAAGAUUCACACCACAUCGGGUAACAUCGACCUACACCUGCUCCCAGUGUACGACAAAUCGCAGAUCCAGUCCUCUGGCGACGGCAGCUCGGUCCUCCAGUCUUCGACCACAAGCGGCACGACGGUCAUCAAUGUGAUGGAUGCGCUCUGGAAGGACAUCCAGACAGGCGCGUACGUCGCGCCGCCAGCACCCCCGUCGCCACCAACACCAGCAUCCGGCGACGCAGAAUUCACACCCAUCGGCGACAAGGACCCCUACAGCUUCCUGGGCGACGAGGAGAACCCCGCAGCGGACGCGCCCGCGCCGGCGGCCCCAGCGCCCGAGGCGGCCGCCGACCUGGAGCAGCAGGCCUCCCCCGCCAUCCACGUCCUGAACGCGCGCCACAGCACCACCAGCGCCGCCAUCCGCCUGUCGUACCCGGCCGCGUGGGAGGGCGGCAUCGACGCGGACAGCCUGACGGGCAAGAUCGGCAUCUCGGGCAAGGGCGUCGAGGUCAUAAAGCGGGACGACGAGUUCCCCGGCUUCAAGGAGCGCGUCAUCGCCCGCAAGGGCCCGGACGGCGUCGGCGGCAACCUCAAGUGCCACACCACCUCCGGGGCCAUCACCGUGUCGUUUCCCUCGUAG